AGCAGACCUAUGCAUAUCGGAGUUUGUAUUUCGUUGACCGCUUUGUGCUUGUUUGGGGUGUCAGAAUGUCUCACGUGCUUCGAUUGCCACAACAUUGCUGACCCAAGUCAGUGCACAACCAUGACCCAGUGUACCGCUGGCCAGUCCUGCUAUAUAGAAACAAUCCAAAAUAAUGCGGUGUUACUCUACAACAUGGGUUGUCAAACCAAUCAGUUGUGUAGUUCCUCGGGGGUUCACCCAAUGAUCGGUCGCUCCAUUCAGACCAGACAACAGAACACCUGUCACGAAUGCUGCAGUACAGAUAACUGCAAUAAUCUAUUGUGUGCGCAUAAAAAACCCACCGAAUGCACUGAUGACCAAGCGUUUGACUGUGCUCGACUCGACUCUAUAUUUAACGUCUGUGCGGACGUUCAUCACGCCAAGAUGACGUGCCCAAAGUUUUGUGGACUGUGUCAGCUCGUUGAUGGAAAUUGGGCGACAUGGGGAGAUUGGUCGCCAUGUAGUGUUACAUGCGACAAUGGAACCAUGUCACGAACACGCACCUGCACCAAUCCAGCACCCAGCAACGGUGGCCUUAAUUGCAGUGGACAGGACGUUGACAGGAAAGUGUGCACCAAACAGCUUUGUCCAGUACAUGGGAACUUGGCGAGCUGGUCUGGUUGGUCCGACUGUUCGGUUAGCUGCGAUGUUGGACUUCGAAAGAAAACAAGGACAUGCACCAAUCCAAGACCAGAGCGCUUUGGAGAUACUUGUUAUGGUGAUGCUAGCGAAUAUAGCAUUUGUCAAAAGAAACCCUGUAUCAACGCAGUUCACGGCAACUGGUCAGACUGGUCAAGCUGGUUCGGCUGUUCUGUAAGCUGCGAUGCUGGACUUCAGACAAGAUCUCGAACGUGUGACAAUCCUAAACCAAACGAAUACGGCAAAGAGUGUUCCGGCAGUGAUGUUCAAUAUGCUGUAUGCCUAAACGACCCCUGUGACGUAAGAAAUGGCGGCUGGUCUAAUUGGGAAACAUGGCAGAGCUGUUCAGUCACCUGCGGAGUUGGACAAAUAUUAAGACAAAGGACCUGUACUAAUCCGAGUCCUUCCGCUUAUGGCAAAGCGUGUGAAGGGAACUUUGAGGAUGUUGAUAUAUGUAUAAAAACACCAUGUUAUGUUGUAGCCUUCAACGCGCAAGGAUUCAAUCAGUUGGCUAAUUCGGUCAAUGCAUUUCCAACUGUUAUUUUCAACGAAGGGAAUGCAUAUAAUAGCAACACUGGGCUUUUUACAGCACCUGUGGACGGGAUAUACUACUUUGGAGUCCAAAUCUGCUCUGCGAAUAUACAAACAGUUUAUUUCUCUAUCGAAAAGGGGAAUGCGACAAAAUCAACAGUGAUCGACAAGACGUCUCUUACAGCUACCUGGGAACAACAUGAUACUAAAUAUUACUCAUGUGCAUCGGAUUCCACCUCUGUGAGGCUUGACCGGAAUGACCAUGUUUGGGUAUACAUGAACAAUAACCACACAAAUUUCCAAGUAUUUGACACAGUGUUAUCGUUUAAUACAUUUACUGGGACCCUUAUUCAAGCUCUAUAAAAAUUGUGACGUGAUGUUUUAUAGUUGUGAAUUAAAUAAAAGAUGAAAUUUA